AUGCUGGCUGUGCAUGUGUCGAGUGCCACCACAGGCCAGGAGCUCUGCGUGGUUGCAGCGGGCCGCGACUGGACGGUACACGAAUUCAAUGUGAAGCUCGCAGCCCAGCAGGAUCGUCUGCCGCAUAACCAGACGCUCCUCAAGGGCACCCGGGCUUUGCAAAAACUGGAGCUUCUCAGGGAUGUCUUGGACACCGAGAAUGCAAGCACUUUGGAGCUUCAACUGGUGCGGAGGUCCUGGGUGGUAACGGUGGUCGAUGCCCGCAGUUCCGGGGAAAGCUCGGACGAAAGCAUGGAGAGUUCUGACGGUUCGCAGCCCAGGGUGGAUGUUGAGGCAUACCCCGAGUGCAGCUUGCGGGAGUUUGCCGUGAAGAUCGCUGACAAGCUGGCUUUGGAGCCCGCUACCCGCCCAGUGCUCCAGGUCCAUGGGAAGAUGCUGCUCUGGGGCUAUGAGGCCGAAAGGACCUCCUUGGUGGAACUGGGCAUCCAUCCCGGCACGAAGGUGCAGGUGGUGAGCACCGCGGAGUUGACUUUGUCAUGUGUGGGAAGGCCAACUUUGCAGAGCCGACGCUCCGAGUUCUUGGAGUCGAACGCGGCCUUGUGUCUCAUGGACCAGUGCCACCUGGGCGAUCUGAUGCGACGAAACCCACACAGGCAGCUCCCCAAUCCUGGGCCGCCGGAGGUGCUUGACAGCGGCCUGGGGUCUCACCACUGCGACUGCCUGGCACGAAUUCCGGGGCUCCUUGCAAAGCCCGAGGUUUCUGAUAUUGCCCUAAGCUCGGCAUGGGCAGAACUGGCUCCCAUGACUGUGGAUUGUUUCAACGGCACCCGGCGCUACCAGCGCUUGGUCGUGAAAGACGAGCGCUUCGCGCAGACGCUUUGGGAGCGAGCGAAGCCCCUGAUCCAGGAAGUUCUUUCAGAGCAGAGCAAGAGGCCCAUGGGCUUCGGCUGUGCACAGGGCGACUGGGAGUUGGAGGGGCUGAACCCCUGCUUCCGGGUGAAUUCCUAUGGACCUCAGGGCUUUCUGAAGCCGCACCGGGACGCGCCCUUCAGUCCCGACCUGAAUGUGCGAUCUCUGUGCACGCUGCUGAUUCCACUGAGCUCCGCAGGAAGGACUCGAUUCUUCUACCCACUGCAAACGCUGGAUUCUCGUGGCAUGACCCUGGAGGAGGAGCUGAAAGCUCGGGGCGGCUUAGAUUCCGGCUUCCGAGCCUUGGACAUCCGGCUUGAAGCUGGUGUGGGGCUCCUCUUCGGUCAGUCUCUGCUGCACGAAGGCAUCCCCGCAGAUGGGGAGGGCCACAAAAUGCUUCUCCGAACAGAUGCCCGGGUCUCGGCGCAGAGUGCAACGAGAGCCAACGGAGCUGGGAUGUGUGUGCGAUCUCCUGAUACGGUGUCUUUAGAUCUAUUUCAAGGAAGAGCAGGUAGCGGCGACUUGGAAGAGAGGGGCUUAAGGCCAGACCGAACCAGUGUGGUGCAAGUCCUCGUCCGUCGCGUGCCACCCAUCCCGCGGGUGCUGCUGACUCCGGCCGAGCGGAAAGAUCAGUUGGCGGCCCUUCGAUGGUUCAGGGAGGCGCAGCACCUUGAGUUGAGGGAGCAGCCCUGCAAUGAGCUCUACGAGCGUGCCCUGUCCUACCGCUACUUCCACCCCAGCAAGGAUGCUGCCGAGACCCUGGAGCUCCUCCAGGAGCCUCCGAAGUCGGAAGGUCGAUCCCCUGAGGCGCAAGUGCUCCCAAGCCUGCUGCUCGAAAGAUAUCCCCACUUCGCUGUACCCGAGCUGGCUCUUUUGAAAGGCCCGGUGGCAGCCUUCAGACUCCCAGAGCCGGAAGAGGAGUUGGAGCCGGGUCCUGGAGAAGGAUACCAUCCGAGUGCACCUCAGGGCAGCACCUCGAAGCAUCUGCGCGUCUCGGCCAUGUAUGCCCUCCAUCUGCUCGGGCAUCAUGCGUACGAAGGCGGUGCGGCCCUGUACACGGUGAACUUCGACCCCGGGACUCAGCAGGUCACAGCUGUGCCACUCCGAGAGUUGCUCCAGGCAGCCUUUCAUUCCCACCCCCUUCAUGGCGCGGUCUACAACGUGGUUCCGCGCAAGGGCCUUUUGGUGGACCCGGACAAAGACUUCCAGGUCAGCGUGGAUCGAACGCACCUGGCCCUGCAGCAUGGAUGCUUCCACACCGGCCAGGACCUCUUGGCUGGCUUGAAGAGUGAGGCGUACGGCAGCACCCCAGGGGACGAUCUGCGCGAAGAUGACGGG